ACAAAUAAUAUCUGUUAUUGGAUUUGGAACCUAUUGUCUUUAGACCGUUACGCUAGUGUGCCGGUAAAUAUUGAGGAAAAGGAAGUGUAUAGUGAGGGAGUACAUAGACCCCGUAUUCAAAAUGGGGGCACUUUUCCGGAGCGAAGAAAUGGCUCUGACUCAAUUGUUUGUCCAGCCUGAAGCGGCUUAUCACAUUGUCGCUGAAUUGGGAGAGAGUGGGUGUGUCCAGUUCAGAGACUUGAAUGAAGAAGCGAGUAUGUUUCAACGUGCAUAUUCCAAUGACGUUAAAAGAAUCAACGAAAUCGAAAGGCAAAUUCGAUACGUUGAAGGCGAAAUUAGAAAAGCCAAUUUGAGAAUACUUGAUCUAAAUGAAAUGCCAAAGGCGCCACAUCCUAGAGAAAUUGUAAACCUAGAGGCCCACCUAGAAAAAACUGAACGGGAUAUCAGAGAAUUGUCUGAGGGCGCCAAGUCUCUAAAAAAAGAAUAUUAUGAUGGAGUCCACGAAAAGUACGUCCUUAUUAAAGCGCAGUCGUUUUUUUCACAACAAGAAGAUGCCUUAAAUAGCGAAUACACUCCGGACGAGAUGAAAAAUGCAUCUCAACUGGGUUUCAUCGCUGGUGUGAUAAGUAAGGAAAAAAUAUUCGCCUUUGAACGUCUCUUGUGGAGAAUUGGAAGAGGAAAUAUUUUUUUGCGACAGGCCGACAUUGACGAACUGAUAGUAGAUCCAGAUACAGGCGUGGAACAUCGAAAAGUUGCUUUCAUCGCGUUCUUUCAAGGCGCAAAUUUGGCAGGCAUAAUUCAGAAAAUAUGCAACGGUUUUAAAGCAACCAUUGUGGAUAUUCCAGUGGCCCCGUCCAUCCGCGCUGAUCGUAUCAAACUUAUAUCGACACAAGUUGAGGAUAUUAAGACAGUAAUUAAUACGACUGAGGACCACAGAACUAGAUUGCUAGUAUCUGUUGCCAAAGAUAUACAACAUUGGGAUAUUAUUAUAUGUAAAAUGAAAGCCAUUUAUAAUACUCUAAACCUAUUUAGUCACGAUGUGAGCAAAAAAUGUUUGAUUGCUGAAGGGUGGAUACCUAAAAACGAUCUUCCAUUGCUUGAAAAAGCUCUGACAGAAGGUUCGAUAGCAUGUGGUAGUUCGGUUCCUUCAUUUUACAAUGUGUUGAGGACAAAAGAAACACCUCCAACGUUUAACAGAACAAAUAAGUUUACCGCUGGUUUUCAAAAUUUGAUAUCUUCCUAUGCAUUUGCUGGUUACCGAGAAUUAAAUCCAGCACUAUACACAAUUAUCACAUUUCCCUUCUUGUUUGCCAUUAUGUUUGGAGACGUCGGCCAUGCAAUAAUUAUGGUAUGCUUUGGAGCCUGGAUGGUAAUCGCAGAAAAAAAAUUAAUGGCCCAGAAGAAAAACGAGAUAUUUGACAUUUUUUUUUCGGGAAGAUACAUCGUUUUGCUUAUGGGUAUCUUUUCCAUGUACACUGGAUUCAUUUACAACGACAUAUUCUCAAAGUCGAUGAACAUUUUUGGUAGCAAAUGGAAAAUAGAUUACAAUGACGCCAUACAACAUUUCAAUGUGAACAUGACUGAAACUAACGAUGCUUCGCUUAGAUUCGAGUUGGUUCCUAGACACAGUUACGCUGGACAUCCGUAUUUUGCUGGAGUGGAUCCCGCAUGGCAGACUGCUGAAAACAAAAUCAUAUUUUUGAACUCAUUCAAGAUGAAGCUCUCAAUAGUUUUCGGAGUGGUGCAUAUGAUUUUCGGAGUGUGCCUAAGCGUCGUCAAUUUCAUACAUUUUAAGAAAAAAGCUUACAUAAUUUUGGACUUUUUACCAAAAAUUCUUUUCUUUGGAUUUUUGUUUGUGUACAUGGUCUUUAUGAUUUUUAUGAAAUGGACAAAUUAUACUGCCAUGAAUGACGACAAUGUGGACACUGCUCAUGGAUCAAGCUGCGCCCCUAACGUUUUAAUUUUCUUUAUUGGAAUGAUGCUAUUCAAAAAAUCGGAAUACGAACCUCCUUGUGAAAAAUACAUGUUCGGCGGUCAAGAAAUGUUGCAACACGUAUUGGUGAUUCUAGCUUUGGUUUGCAUUCCUUGGAUGCUUUUGGGUGUUCCACUUUAUGAAAUGAUGAAACGAAAAAAGAAUAAAACGCUCUUUACACAUCAUCAACAAAAUGGUGGAUACCAUGUAGAUCUUGAGACCAUACCAGAGUCUGAAGCUGUCAGUUCCCAUGAAGAAGAUGACGAUCUUUUCGUACAUGCUGCAAUACACACCAUAGAGUUUACUUUAAGUACAGUCUCACAUACCGCAUCAUAUCUUAGGUUGUGGGCCUUAUCAUUAGCUCACGCACAAUUAUCAGACGUAUUAUGGGAUAUGGUUUUUAGAAAAGCAUUUGUAAAACUAUCAUACCCAUACGUUGGAGGAGUUUCAAUUUUUGUGAUUUUUUGGGCCUGGUCCACAAUCACCGUUGGCAUUUUGGUAUUGAUGGAGGGUCUUUCGGCGUUUCUGCACACGUUGCGUCUUCACUGGGUUGAGUUUAUGAGCAAAUUUUUCGAGGGACUCGGCUACAACUUCGAACCAUUCAGCUUUCAGAGGUUGUUUGAAGAAGAAGCAGAAGAAGCUAAGACAAAACAGUCCUAGCUUCCAUAAUAACUUACUUAUUUAAAUAAAAAUGAAUAAUUAUAUUAAAAUCAAUGAAAUUA